AUGAGAAAGCCGUUAAACCAAAAUCUCAUUUCUGCCCUCACCGCCUCCAACCUUUCCCGCCAAAAUCAAUUGUCACCUUCUCAUCUCAUACAACAGCUCCGGAGCUGCAAAGAUUCCGAUUCUGCAAAGUCGUUACAUUCCAACGGUAUAAAGUCUGGGUCUUUAUACGACACAUUCACCACCAACCAUCUCAUCAAUUGCUAUGUCAGACUCCAUAGAAUUGACCUUGCAAGCCAGUUGUUUGAUGAAAUGCCUGAACCAAACGUCGUGUCAUGGACUUCGCUCAUGGUCGGUUACGUCGAUACGGGUCAGCCCAGAAUGGCUCUGUGGCUCUUUGGGAAAAUGCCCGAGUGUUCUGUUCUGCCCAAUGAGUUCACUUUUGCCACUGUGAUUAAUGCGUGUUCGAUUCUUGCUCAACUUAGAACUGGCAAAAAAAUUCAUGCGCUUGUUGAACUUUUGGGAUUUCAAUCCAACCUUGUUGUCUGCUCUUCGCUGGUUGAUAUGUACGGGAAGUGCAAUGAUGUCGACCAUGCCCAGCGGGUUUUCGACUUGAUGGGUUGUAGGAAUGUUGUUUCUUGGACUUCAAUUAUUGCUGCUUAUGCCCAAAAUGCACAGGGUGAUGAAGCGCUCCAACUUUUCAGAGAAUUUAAUCGUUUGAUGUUGGAGCGUCCGAAUCAUUUUAUGUUAGCUAGUGUUGUCAAUGCUUGUGCAAGCUUGGGUAGGUUGGUUUCUGGGAAAGUUGCACAUGGAGCGGUAAUUCGUGGUGGCUAUGAUUCGAAUGCUGUGAUUGCCAGUGCACUGCUGGACAUGUAUGCUAAAUGUGGGUGCGUUGAGUAUUCUGACAAGGUUUUCAGGAGAAUCCAAAAUCCCUCUGUAAUACCCUACACUUCAAUGAUUGUGGCUGCUGCAAAGUAUGGACUCGGGAGAAUGUCUCUUCAACUCUUUCAAGAAAUGAUCGAUAGAAGAAUAAAACCCAACGAUGUCACCUUCGUUGGGGUCUUGCAUGCUUGUAGCCAUUCAGGGCUUGUUGAUGAAGGUCUCCAGCAGUUGGAAUCUAUGCAUGAGAAACAUGGAAUAACCCCAACUGCAAAGCACUACACAUGCAUUGUUGAUAUGCUUGGUAGAACAGGCCGGCUUAACGAGGCUUACGAACUAGCCAAAUCUAUCCAAGCAGAGGCCAACCAAGAGGCCUUGUUGUGGGGCACACUUCUUUCAGCAAGUAGGCUUCAUGGAAGGGUAGAUAUUGCAGUUGAAGCUAGUCGACGACUAAUAGAUUCUAAUCAACAAGUAGUAGGUGCAUAUGUUACAUUAUCAAAUGCUUAUACCUUGAAUGGGGAGUGGGAAACUGCUCAUGAUCUUCGAUCAGAAAUGAGGCGUACCGGGGUGCAAAAAGAACCCGGUUGCAGUUGGGUUGAGUUGAAGGAUUCAAGUUAUGUGUUCUAUGCCGGAGAUGUGUCAUCGUGCGCACAGGGGAGUGAGGUUGUGACUUUGUUGAGGGAGUUGGAGGGCAAAAUGAAACAAAGAGGCUAUGUAGGAGGGAGUAGGGGAUUGGUAUUUGUUGACGUGGAGGAGGAAGCCAAGGAGGCAAUCGUAGGUCUGCACAGUGAGAGAUUGGCAUUGGGUUUUGCGUUGGUAAGCAUACCAAAAGGAGUCACCAUUAGAAUAAUGAAGAACCUGAGAAUGUGUAGGGACUGUCAUGAGGCUUUCAAGCUCAUUAGUGACAUUGUUGAGAGGGAAUUCGUUGUUAGAGAUGUAAACAGAUUUCAUCACUUUAAAAGUGGUUCUUGCACUUGUAGGGAUUUUUGGUGA